AUGGAGGAGUUCGCAGACUUGGCUGCUAUUCACAUCUUUUUGACUCAGAACCUGAUUCCCAUUCUUCUUGCUGAUACUUACUAUUCCAUUCACGUAAGGACCCAGAAGAAGAAAGGAACUAUCGUCUGUUGCACCCCUUUACUGUAUAGAUGGUUUAUUUCGCAUUUACCCAGUGAAGGUCCUUUCAUUGAGAACAAAGAUAAUAUGAAGUGGUUCCAGAGGAUCAUGUCCUUAAAAGCCGAAGACAUCCCUUGGUAUUCUCGAGUGUAUGAUGGUGUCAAGCUUAUCCUCAACUGUGGGGAUUUUCCUAAUGUGCCUCUUCUUGGUACAAAAGGAGGAAGCAACUACAACCCGAGGUUAGCAUUGCGACAACUUGGAUAUCCUAUGGUGGACAAACCUGAUCUCGAAAGUGUAGAAGGUUUUGUUUUGUACGAAGAAGUCGAAGAGCCAGAGUUGAUCAAGAAGAUUGUCAAAGCUUGGGGGUCGAUUUGUCCUCAAGGAAGAGCAGAGAUGGGUAAGAAGAAUUGUAUCGCUAAGGAAGCCUACGCCAAUUGGGUCAAGAGCAGAGUCAGUGAGGUCUUAUUGCCGUUCCCACCCGAACCAUCCAUGAACCUCCAAUCUUCUAAGCUAGAGAACCAGCCUAAUUCUGAGAUGGAUGAAUUGAAGAAUGUUAUCAAGACUCUAGAGAAAGAGAAUUCCGAUCUCAAAUCUAAGCUUGCUAAAACCUCAUUGGAGAAAGAGAUCUUGAAAUUCAAUCUGAAUCAGAAAAGGGACCGAGUUCGCCAAGUUGAUGAUGAGGUACAAACUAAGGUUUUCAAAAGACUCAAAGUGGGUGACACCCUCAAAGGAACUUAUGCCAGUCUAACGACCAAGAAGAAGCAGUUAGCCGAAGCCUAA